UUUUACCUGUGAAGGUAGACUAGUUUCGAUUCGCCGGCGGGUUGAUGAACAACAGCCACCGGAGUCCGGUUCAGAGAUUAUUCGACUUUUAACACCCGCCUCCCCGGCCCAGUGCGGCUCUCGCUGCGGGGCGUCGGAAGGGUUUUCUCCGGUAUUUUAGAGUCGGUGCGCAACCGCGAGAGAAGCAGGAGGCAGGUGCACAAGAGAGGACAGGGCAGGCUGGGGGAGGAGGAGGAGGGCUGCUUGCAUUUCCGCGAGAGAGUCCCGUCGUUUACACCGGGGCGAAUGGUUGAAAAUCAACAGUUUGGCGCCUCUGUGGUCGAUCCGUGUUAGUUUCAUUAGUAUGCGGCUGGAGUCUCUCCCAGCCACCCAGCACACCCCAUCCUGCUGCCGACAUCCAGCCUGAGGAUUGAUCGGAAGCCCCCGAAGUCUCCUUCGUGCCUGCUAAGUGACUCCUCGCCCCGGGGAGGACGAGGAGGAGGAGGAGGACGCGUCGGGACCCCGGCUUCUCCGACCGCUGUGAGGGGCAGUUUUUACGGACACGGCACGGACCUCCGCGCCUCGCGGUCCGGGAAGAUGAUGGGCUUUUUGCGCCGGACCUUCAGCCGCCGCUCUCGGAGCCGCUUCCUGGCGAGAGAGAGGGACGAGCGGGACGGUAAAGGGGGGGGAGGAGGAGCAGCAGGAGGAGGGGGAGGAGGAGGAGGAGGGAUGACCGGGAACCCUUUGCUCCUGGCCCAUCAGCAGCAGGUCGUACACGCGCCCGCCGUGGUCAGCGGGGGGGCGUCGGUUCACAUCCCGGCGGCCGGGACGGCGAGGACCACCAUCACCUGCCGGGUGCUGCUGCUGGACGGCUCGGAUGUCAACGUGGAUUUGCCUAGCAAGUCUAAAGGCCAGGACCUUUUUGACCAGAUCAUGUAUCACAUAGAUCUGGUGGAGACGGACUACUUUGGAUUGCAGUACAUGGACACAGAGCAAGUCUCGCACUGGCUGGAUAUGUCCAAGCUAAUAAAGAAACAGAUUCGAGACGGGCCUCCAUACAGGCUGUUCUUCAGAGUGAAAUUUUACUCUUCGGAGCCAAAUAACCUGCGUGAGGAAUUUACAAGGUAUCUGUUCGUGUUGCAGCUUCGUCAAGACAUUCUGUCUGGCAAAUUGAAAUGUCCGUACGAUGUCUCAGUAGAGCUGGCGGCAUUUUGUUUACAAAGUGAGCUGGGAGACUGUGAUCCCCUGGAGCACUCUCCUGAGCUGGUGUCUGAGUUUCGUUUCACUCCCAAACAGAGCGGGCCCAUGGAGGCGGACAUCUUUGGCGGGUGGUUGGACCUCCGGGGAAAGAGCCCGUCAGAAGCAGAGAUUUCUUUUCUCAACAAAUGCAAGUGGCUGGAACUUUACGGAGUAGAUAUGCACUUUGUCAAGGGCAGAGACGGAGGUGAAUAUGCACUCGGUCUCACUCCUACUGGCAUUUUAGUAUUUGAAGGUCACAACAAAAUUGGCCUCUUCUUUUGGCCAAAAAUCACUCGGCUGGAUUUCAAAAGGAGUCGACUCACGUUGGUCGUGGUGGAGGAUGACGAUCAGGACCGGGAGCAGGAGCACACAUUUGUGUUCCAGCUGGACAGCUCCAAGAACUGCAAGCACCUGUGGAAGUGUGCCGUGGAGAGCCACGCCUUCUUUCGGCUACGCCAACCGACUACGGGCAAGGCCAGCCGCAACGACUUCACGCGACUCGGGUCUCGCUUCAGAUUCAGUGGAAAAACCGAGUAUCAGGCAACUCACGGAGGCAGACUGAGGAGGGCCAGCACAUUCGAGAGAAGGCCGAGCAAGAGAUACCCCUCCCGCACACAGUCGCUGGGCAAAGUUGCCAUUUCUCCAGCCAAGCCGUUGCUUAUCAGCUCUCACGCCAGCCCUGAUCCCAGCCUGCAUCGAUACCAGCACAACAUUCCCAUUGGCCACGAGCCGUGGCACCCACCCCACACGGCGCUCACCCCUCCGGUCUACCUGCACCCCGCCGGACACACACCACCACACAGUUUCCCUCUGAGUGGACCUGCUUCAGACCAUCAGUUCAGCAUUGAAGAAAAUGAGACUUUGUAUUCUGGCAAAAUCCACCACCAUCAUCGCCGCCACACACACAGCCAGGAAACGCUGUGUCACACACACAACAAGAACAAACGUCGAGCUCCUCACUGCCCUGGAGAUGAGUUGGAUAUAUCCCAGUCCCUGCUCAAGGCUCUAGAGGCGGAUAGUGAAUCGCCCUCCUGGCCUUCUCUGCACGUCAACAUGGACAACAAGGGGGAGGAGAAGCAGCUGUCUGAAAAGUCUCUUCACCCUUCCAACUCCCCGGCGAUGCUCCCUGACCAUCUUAAGUGCAACAUCCUCAAGGCCCAGAUGGAAGCGGCCUUCAGGAAGGAAGCUCCAAGCUCCUCGCCGAGAGGAAAACGCUCAAACGAGACCUUUAAUGACAGGUAUCAAAGCUCGUCCCAAGACUCGGCUGCAUCCAGUCUGACAGCAGAGAAGACACAGCAUCGGCAAGACCUGAACCCAACGCCGGAGAGGCUUCAUCGCAAAGACCAAACAAGCACCGACCGCAGGAAACGACUGGUCAGACAGUUCAGCUUUAACCAUGAAGAUGAAGAUAAUCUCCCAGAAGCACUUGCGGCAAUCUCCUCCCAGAGUGCAGCAGGGUCGGGGUCUAGCGGCUCAUUGGACAGACAGAUACAGCCGUCCAUUUACCCACAGGUGGAUAAAAUGCCAGCAUUGGAGCUGAGUAGUCCAUGCUGUCCCUCUCCUUCGCCUUCUCCCCAUCCCUCCCCUUCUUACUACCAUAGCUCCAUUCCUCGUCUGGCCCCUUACCUUGCUGCCCAUAAUGACAGCGGAGAAGAAAUGAGGUUGGACAGAGAGAAGAUACUAAGAGCCCUCCUGAUGACGGAGCUCUGAGACCUUGACCCUUCACCACUGUGACGUCAUCAUCGUCAGACCUGGCGUUUGGUGAGGAAAGCGAGAACAUAGGACCGAAAGCUGUUGGCCACGGUCAACAUUUGUAUAUUUGCAUAAUACAUUCAGUUAAAAAUAUAUAUUUCCAUAAAAUGCAAUAUAAUAUAUUUGCUUGAUUGUUUAUUUUAGAAGGGCGGUUCUUUAAAUGCAUCUAAGUGAAACUGUCACACACAUCACAGACAAGCUACAGAUGUGACCGGUGCUGCCUGCAUGAUAAAUAUGCUCCAUGAUGAAUUAUUAAUCUGACUUACUGUCGGGUUGCGUCUAACUUUUAUGUCAUCAACCCAUCAACACUGUGUCCAUGUUCAGGCUUAAACUGUAUUUCAGACGGCGACUGUUGAAGCAUCGAUCUCUGCACUUUAAAUUAAACCGGCCAAAGUAAAAGUCAAUUUUAUUAGUUUUUCCGAACAUCACAAUAAAAAUGCCACGUUCCUUGUGUCAGAGAGCCUUUUUGCAGCAUUUUUAAGAACGUUGCUGAACAGAACGAAGUGAAGGUGAACCGAAUCUGCUCAUUGUCCGGAUUGUCUCGCAGCUGUAGUCUCAGUUCACCCACUAGAAGGAGACAUAUCUGCAGCCGAGCACUUUGAUCCUGUAUUACAGGUUUUCAGAUGAAAAGGGUUGUGCGUCACAACUUUUUAAAUGCAGUUUCACUGGUUGAAAAGACGAAAAGUUAUUUUAUUGGUGUGCUUUUGUUUUGAGCUGCUUCACUACUUUGUUUCACCACUUGUUUUGUCACAGCCACAUGAGAGGGGCCUGAUAAUUUGCUGCUGUACUAUAUGUGUUGAUUGUGGUUGGGUCCUAAUAAAAGUUACGUCAUCCGUU